AUGCACUUUUUCCAGUCUCCAGUUGGCUUCGCGGCAUACAGUACUUGCUGUACUCCCGAGCUACGCGUCGGCAUUGAGGUCUCCAACCAGGCCACGGGAUCAUUUCAAUUUUAUGGCCCUUCGUCGCACUUUUGCUUCAUUCAAAGGAUCUAUGAGCGAGUGAAGAGAGACUUUUAUCUGAGCGAAGCGCUCCGGCGGAGCUCGACUGUCCUCGAGGCCUUGAAGAAAUGGGGCCUGGAGAGGUUCGUGUUUUCGCGGGGAACCACCAACGAAUAUGCCAUCUCCUCGUCGCAGACUGAUGCUUAUUUCCCUCGAGAGACGGGGACGUUGUUUUUCGAAGCCUAUCUCCGCAUUAUGCAUCCUCAAAUGCCCCUAAUAGCCUACUCGGAGAUCAUGGACACCUGGAACAAGCUGUGGGACGCUCCUCAGCCAGGGAAGGUCCUGAGAGACAAGGACUUGCUAUACAUGGUCCUCGCGAUUGGCACCCGUGUGUCAAGCCACAGCGGAAAACAGACCGUCGACUGGGCGGAUCCAUGGGCCGAGGACUUUUCUCACAAGGUGAACAAUGUUGUCAUGUACUUUCAAGAGCCGAGUUUGAAAGGCACUCACUUCAUGCUUCUGAAGAUCCGGGCCGUGGCCAAGAUGGGCUGGGUGGCCGACAACAUGUCGAUUGCCACGUACUCGCCGAGCUGUAUGCGGGAGAUCUCGGACGUGGCGAAAUCCGAGACGCUCCUGUUGGAGUGCGAUGCGAGAUUGAAGUCGAUUGCCCAGUCGCUUCCGUCAUAUCUCCAUUUCUAUGACCACGAUCUGCACAUCGGAGAGAGCUGGCAGGAGGUGCAGCGCAUCAGCCUGGGAAUGAUCUACUACCUGACGUGUAUGCUCAUGCACCGGCCCAGCCUGAUGUAUGCCACCUUCUUCACCUCGACGGCUGAGGCCGAGAGCAACGCCACAGGGCCCGUCAAGAUCCGGGAGUCAAUCGCCGCCUCGAUCAAUGCCGCCCGCAGCCUGAUCGACCUCGCCCACGAUGUUUACUAUCGCCGGUCCCCGGAUAUCCAGUCCGACAGGACGUUGGCCACCUUCCUCGCGUCCGCCUGCAUCACACUCCUCUACGAUGUCCUGGACCCGCGCACCGGCCAGGAGGACGCCCGGGCAACGUUAGCGACGGUGGAGCGCGGGAUCCAGUGUCUGGAUGAGAUCCAGCACGUAGGGCCCCUGACCGGCAAAGUCAUUAGUACCGAAAUCAUGAAGAUGGCCAAGCAGGCACUGAUUUCCAUGGGCGAUUCCUUUGGCACCGACUUGGAUCUUUUCGACGCUUUUCUAUGGUUGCUGUAUGUGUUCAGCCCUGAGGGGCUUCUUUCUCUUUCUCUUUCCAUCGAGUUUCUCCAGGCUGACGAGGAAAAUGCUAGCACUAGCGAUGUGGACAACCCAUCUGCCGAGCCGGUAUCGCUGGGGUCAGCCCGACUCCCGAGCCCGGCGAAUCUAGGCGUCACGAACCCUAGCCUCACCAACCCCAACGUGCCUGUCCCGAGCGGGGGCGACAUGGAUCUUUACUAUAAUCCCCAAAACACGAACUACCAGUCUUACUGGGUCGCCAAUGGGUUCGACACGCAGAACGUGCCCGAGAGUCUGUUGUGA